AUGACUGAAAAGCGCUUGAACGAUGAGUCCGAAAAUUCAGACAACUCCGUCAAAAGAGUAGACCAUUUUGCCAAAGGUGUCGCACCAAUCAAGCCUGAGUAUCUUGUUACUCAAAAUGAUAACGAAUCUGCCUCAGUCAUUGAUGAUUACAACGACGACGAGGCAGAAGGAGGAGACCGUCAGGAAGAAGCACCUGCUGCUAGUGGUAAGGGACGUAAGAGAAAGGGUCAAAAUAAAAAUCGUGAUUUGAGACAGCAACAUGAAGAUGUCAGACUUUGUUCGAGUCUUGUAGACCCAGAUUCUGGAAGAGUGUGUCAGUUUGGUCCAGCUGGUUGUAGAAAUUGUCACGAUAUAGACGAAUACUUUUCCCAUAAGCAAGAAGAUAUUGAAGGCACUUGUCCUGUAUUCUCUGCUAUUGGGUACUGUCCUCUGGGAUUGAAAUGUAGAUGGUUGGGAAGUCACUACAAUAAGGAAACUAAAAAGUUGGUGAAGGACUUGGAAAGACAGGAACAGGCCAGGGGCGUCAAUGUCGAAGUCAAUAAGAUUUCCACCGAAAGCAAACUUUUGCUACAAAAGAAAAAGUACACCUUUGAGUUAGCUAACAAGUAUAUUCCAUACUUGGACAGCUUAGUCCAAAACGAUGAGAACAUCGCUAAGCAAAAGGAAAGAGAAGAGUUAGCAAAGGAUAACGCUGCCAGCUACGUUGAGGCACCAUUCAAGGUGUCUGAGAAGAAAAGACUUCAUUUGAAAAAUGCCAAGAUCGUAUCUCCUUUGACUACUGUGGGUAAUUUGCCAUAUAGAAGACUUAUGAAGACGUUGGGAGCAGACGUUACUUACUCUGAGAUGGCUUUAGCCCUUCCCUUAUUGCAAGCCACUAAUGCCGAAUGGGCUUUACCUAAGGCCCAUAAAUCUGAAUAUCCUGGAUUUGGUGUUCAAAUUGCUACUUCUAAGCACUGGGCUGCCGCUAAGGCUGCUGAAGUUAUCUAUCGUGAAACCACUGAUGUCUCAGAAAUUAAUUUGAACUGUGGUUGUCCAAUCGAUCUUCUCUACAGACAGGGUCAAGGAUCAGCUCUCAUGGAGCAACCAGCAAGACUUGUUAGAAUUCUUAAAGGAAUGAAUGCAUGCUCAGGAGACAUCCCAGUGACUUUCAAGGUUAGAUUAGGAACCAAAGAUGGACAUAACAAUGCUAAACAAUUAGUAAGUAGAGUGUUGGCUGAAAACACUGUUGCUGCCAUUACCUUACAUGGUAGAACAAGGCAACAAAGAUACACUAAGGAAGCGGAUUGGAAUUAUAUCUCUGAAGUUGCACAAAUAGUCAAUAACUAUAACCAAGGACAAGAAGAUUCCACCGGAGCAAAAGACUCUCAUGAAGCUGUACCAACCCAGUUUGUUGGUAAUGGUGAUAUCUAUAACUUCGAAGAUUGGCAUAAUGCUACUUCAUUACCUGGAGUGGACUCGGUGAUGGUUGCCAGAGGAGCUCUCAUCAAGCCAUGGAUCUUUGAGGAAGUAGAAGCACAACAGUACUUGGAUAAGUCUGCAACAGAGAGAUUGGCUCAACUUGAACAAUUCUCUAAAUUUGCCAUUGAGCAUUGGGGCUCAGAUGAGUAUGGUGUAGGGUUAGCAAGAAGGUUUAUGUGUGAGUUUAUUAGUUUCACUCACAGAUAUAUCCCAGUAGGAAUAAUGGAAAGGUUACCAGCAAAACUUAACCAAAGACCACCGAUGUGGAAGGGAAGAAAUGAAUUAGAGACUUUGUUGGGUUCCAAGGACUACAGGGACUGGAUUAAGAUCACCGAAAUGUUUUUAGGAAAGGCAAGUAAGAACUUCCUGUUUACUCCAAAGCACAAGAGUAAUUCCAACUAA